AUAGUAAUCGUUUGGAGAUUAUUAACAACAAUAAUAACGUGAUUCGUUAGGGAGGUUUUAUGGAAUUGUGCAAUAGAUUAGCCGAUCUUCUGGGAGCAAACGCGUUCCUUUUCAACGAGAAAGUAAUCGCAGUCAACUCGAAACAUCACUGCGUCAUCCUGCAAACGAGCAGCAAGGUUUUCAAAUGCAGCUACGUUAUAAUGACUCAAUCGCCUGAGGAUUUGCUGCGAGUCCGAUUCACGCCAGAACUGGAGAAAGAAAGGGAUGAUCUGCUGCGUGGAAUGCAGAGGACGCAGCUGAAAACUUUCGUAAUCUCUUCGGAAAACAAGAAAAAUUUUCGAAGGAUCUACAACGAUUCGGCGCGAUUAAUAAGAUCAUGCAGAGAUUGCUUCCUCGGCUCCAGUUUCACGAUCGACGAAUACAGUGUGCUGAAGUCGCUGAAACCGUACCUGGACACUUUCACUUGUCAUUUUUCUUGGAGUUCGCACCUGCAGCUCCAUCCACGUUUCGUGCCCGAUUUGGGAUGUAUGGUGAAUUUCGAUGAAAUCCGAAAACCGUUUCGAAGGACUUACUUUGCCGGAUCCGAAACUGCGAUCAGCUUCUACGGGAUGGCGGAAGGAUCGGCCAGAUCCGGUUUCCGGGCCGGCUUCGAGCAAAAGACCCGUUCUGGUGGAACAGUACAAAAGCGGAUUCCUUUACAACUUCUUCGACUAUCUGAGGAUGGUGCUGAUCGGCACCGCC